AUUAGCUCCUCUCCAGCUGGAUGCUGGAUUAACCAGGUUGUUUCCUCCAAAAAUAAAAGGAGAGCAUGAUGCCCAGCAAGGGGCAGCGCUUUGUGUUCAGUGCACGCAUCAUUGGGGCCGUUCACAGGGAGACCCCAAAACUAAAGAUGUUCAUGAUAGCUGUCCUGUGGUCGGAUGAGACCGAAGUGAUUAUCUACAGGUCUUAUGAUGAUUUCAAGAAGUUGCAUAAGCGACUGAAAAAGAAGUUCUCUCUUGUCAAUCCUAAUAACAAGAGAAUGAUCCCCAAAUUUAAAGGGGAGGCAAACAAAAGCAACCAACAGAGAGGAUCGGAGCUGUCGGCGCAGCGGAUGAAGGCCUUAGAGACUUACUGCUACAAGCUGCUGAUGUGUGAGCCCAUGGUGACUCAGAGUGCAGAGCUCGUACAGUUCUUCACACCACAGGACCAAGACCUGGACCCGGACUUAACUAACAACAGCCUCAUAAUCCUGAUGUCCGAAGAUGGAGUUAGUGGUGGACGACAAGGAGGAGGAGAAGGAACAGUAAUCAGUCCAUUGGUCACCCAAACGUACCGUUCUGUCGCUGCCUACGAGACCAAAGACACCAAGAACCGUCCCUUUAAAGUAGCCACGGGUGAAAAAGUGGAAGUGCUGAUCAAGGACCCUGCUGGUUGGUGGUUGGUGGAGAACGAGGAAAAGUGCAUGGCAUGGUUCCCAGGUCCCUACCUGGAUAAAGAGGAAGAUGAGAAUGGAUUUCAGUUGGGAGGUGCUUUCUACUGCGCCGUGAGGAGUUUUAUUACCAAUAAAGCGGACGAGGUGUCUGUGCCUAUCGGUUCUGUGGUGGAGGUGCUGAAGAUGUCUGACGAUGGCUGGUGGCUCAUCAGAUUAAAUGACAAGGUGGGCUACGUCCCCUCCAUGUAUCUGAAGCCCAACAACAGCCCCCGUACAGGACUUGACAGCUUCCAGAGGAAGCUGCACAAAUCCACCCUCACCCUCUCCGUCCCUGGGACACCUCUAUCUCCGUCUUCUUCUUCCUCGAGUUCUUCUUCACCAAAAAGGCAAAGUUCUGAAGAGCAACCCAGAGCUCAGCCUCGUAGGCAUGGUUAUUUAUCCAAAUCCCAAUCUAUGGAGAUUCUUUCCGAGACGUGGACCCCGACCGCUCGUUCCGCCCAAGCAGAGGUCAACAAGGUGGAUGCCGCCUGCUUAGACAACCGACUGUGCAGCGUCAGCAGCGAGGAGUCCAGCUUCUCCUCUAUCAGUAGCUCAUCUUCACGUUUUCGAGAUGACGCCUGUGCGCAGCAUCCGAGAAACCAGAAACGACGCAUCUCCAGCGCAAGCUACGAAAGUUCCGUCAGCUCGGGAAGUUUUACAAGCUUCAGUUCCGGUAGUAGCGAUACAGCAGGCCUGAUUCCUCCAUUAAUGCCACCCAGACCCAAAAAGGAGGAGAUCCUGAACCGGUGCUCCACCGUGACCCGUAAAGCAGCUAUGGACCCUCGUGCCUGGCCCCAAAUGCGGCGUGGAACAUAUAAUGAAACCUUCUUAUAAGGACACUUUCCAAAUACUGAACAGUAGUACUCACAGUCACUCCUACUCUGAUCAUUUUUUCAGCCAUUUAAUCCCUGUUGCUCCAAAAGUCGGAGUGUUUUUCUCCCAGAAUCACCCGAGUGGAUCAAACAUAGAAUGCAUCUUACUUUGAAAUCCAAAUGUAUGUACUGUAGAUAAUGGACCAGUUCGACUAUUUCACAAGGCAGACGUGUAAUGUAGCUUCAGUGAAGCAUGUUCUAGCUAGCGUAUUGUUUGGACGGCUAUAAGAUGAUCAGCAA